CACUCUGGUCCAUGAUUUGGAGCUACAGUGCCCAAUGAAAGCGGAACUUGCAUUGAAGGGGGCGCGGCUUUCUCAGGAAGUCUACGAAAUAUCUGCAAGAAAGAAAGAUGGUGCCAUCAAGCGGCAUAACCCAACAAGCAGAACAUGGAGGAGUUCCAUUCCGAAGCCCGGCUGCAGGAGUGGAAGGAAUCCAUUGAGGAUGAAAUAAGAGGAACCUGGAAUGAGUGGUGUGGGAGUAUCUACACCACCAUGAUGGGUGAAUUAACGGUCCGCUUUGCCCGAGAGAGAGCGGAGAUGGAGGAAAAGAUUCUCCUUGAGAGGCAAUCCAUCAUGAACGAGGUGGAGAAAAUGAUUGCAAGGAGCAGUGAAGGGAUGGGGAGGAAGAGAUCGGAGGAGAGAAAGUGGGAAGAAACUGAAAACGAGAGGAAAGAGAUGGAGAAGAAAAUCGCUGAACAGCAACAGGAAGAGAGAAAUGUCAAAGAAACAAUGGUCGGCCAGAACACAGAGAUGCAGGCAGAAAAUGCCCUGUGGAAGUGCUCCUUUGCACAAGACAUGCUCAGCAACUGGACUGAGUGGUCAGGAGUUGUGCUUGCAAACAUCAGGAGCGAGUUCCAAAGGAGCGUCCAGUGGGAGAGAGAGGAGUUCGAGGAGAGGCUACUCUGCGAACGGCAGACCAUAAUCAAAGAAGCAGAGACUUUGAUGGCAGGGAAAGAUGAAGCAGCGGAGAUAGAGAGCGAGGAGGCGGGGCCGAGCAGACAGGGAUGGAGAGAAGAAGAAGAUCUGAUAAUGUGGGAGAGAGAGAGCGAGGAGGCGGGGCCGAGCAGACAGGGAUGGAGAGAGGAGGGCAUGAAACAGGAAAUGUGGGAGAGAGAGAGCGAAGAGGCGGGACCGAGCAGACAGGGAUGGAGAGAGGAGGGCAUGAAACAGGAAAUGUGGGAGAAAGACCAAGGGGAGGAAUAUAUAUGGAUGGAGGAGAAGAUGGAAGAAGCAGAGGAGAAAAAGCUUUUUUCUUGGACAAAUUGGAGGCAAUUCAGUACCAACAAAGAAGAGAAAAAGAUUAAAGAAAAGGAGGAAAGAGUCCAGAAAAAACUGGCAAAACUGAGUCAGAGGGCUGCUGAAGAGGAGGAAAGGGCAAAGAAAAAAUGGGAAGAAGCUGGGAAGAGAGCUGAGAAAAUGGUGGGAAAAGCCCAGAAAAAACAGGAGGAAAAGAGGAUGAAGGCAGAGAAAGAAGCGGAAAAGGCCAAGAAAAAACUUGAGCAAAAGGAAAAAAAGGCAAAUGAGCCAAGGUGGUGGCAAAUGUAUGACAACGAGGUGUGCAGGUACCCUAAUAUUAGUUAUUAUAUGUAGUUCCUGACUGGCAGGACGCACCACAGGGAAGCGCUUCAAAAGUCAUUUUAUGAAGCAACAGUGACAUCCUGUGGCCAGUCAGGCAUCUGCAGUCAGCCUGUGCAAGCUCCAAGUGAAAUGUAGCCUACUCCUCCAAAGCUGGUCGUGUAGGACAGUAUGGAGAAAAGAAGUGAUUUGUCCAUUAGCCCCCCAUGGUGAAUUAUUAGCUGUGGCAUCACCACCCAGGAAGGGAGGAUUUCAGUUUCUGGGAUUGCCAACCUUAUCGUGGACCAGCAGUGUAGUUCUGCGGGCCUACACUCUUGCUGGUGAAGAUGGAAGAGGAAGCAUGAGGAUUCUCUACAUGACAAUGGAGGGUCUUCAUGAUUAUACGCUGCAAAUUAAGCAUGACAGGAGGAAUACCAGGAGGCCAGCUUGGAGUAAAGAGGAAGACACUUCUGGGAUCAGUCCAAUCUACUUCAGCCCACAGUGACAGCAGCUCCUGGGCUCCUGCUUUCACCAUGCUGUACUGACGUCCACUGCUGUUAGGAAAUUCCCCCCGUGACGACAUCCUGACGGUUUUGGUGUGGUGAGAGUGCUCGCCUCCAUUUCGACAAUCCUCCUUUUUUUUUUUACAUUUGGGGACCCAGGCACAACAUGCAGCAGUUUUGUUAGUUCCCAUAAAAAAACUUCAAAAGGCAGCUUUUUCAACUUAGUACUCUUCCAGGACGCAUAAUUAGUUAGGCCAACAAGCUACCUAGUUAGCUGACUAGCCUGUCUACCCUAGACUGAUCAUGCAUGCAUUUUAGCCUUCAAAUAAAUGACUCAAUUAGGUUUAGCUGUCGCAAAGCCUAUUAGCUGAAUAUAUGAAUUCUCCAAGCGGAUACCGCACCCAGUGCUUUUCUGUCAGACCUUCAGUUCACAGCCUGAGUUUUUGUAGCCAUAGCCCAAGCCUUUUAAAUGUACGUACCAUGUCUGCUUGCUAACCCUGCACGAUCUACAAGAUUGUAGCAAGAUUGUCUCUUUCUGUCUCCAAGUCCCAACCCCCCCCCCCCCACCCCCACCCCCCCAAAGGGUUUUGCCUUUUUCUCAGGUGUAUCUCCAAGGAUGCUGUCCUCCCAAUGUGUUAUGGGACUCUGUGAUUGGCCUAUCAUCCCGCCCAAGCUGAUGUAAUGCCUCUCCUCCAAUUGGCUAUCAGUAUCGCAGUUCUGCAUUUUUUCCGCUGCCUGUGCAGGUGUGCUGGUUUUCCAGGAGCAUCUCGACCGCCAUUUCUGGGGUCAGGGAAUAAUUUUCCAGUUGAUCCCCAAUUGGCCCUGGGAUUUUUUUCUGGUUUUUCGAUUCCCUCUGGAAAACGGGUGCCCUGUGAAUGUAUCUUAUUGAAAUGUUUUCCCAAUUUGUCUACCCCUACGCAUGACCAGCUCAACUGUCAUGUCGCUCAGUCAUGUCAGAGUAGCGUUCCCAAGCAACACGAUAAAUACGCAAAACAGCAGCGCUGCAGGAUAUGCAAAUUGAUUUUAGGAAGACUAAAAUGGUGUGUUUUUUUCUUAGAUAUACAAUUUACUUCUUGAGGAGACGGUACAAAGUGGCAUCAUCAUGAACUGCAAGAAGUUUUAACUAGCACCUGUUAUACAAAAUAUUGUGGAUGAUGGACAGUCAGCAGAAUGCGCCUCAGUAAACAGGACCUCAUACACCUCCCUGCACCUGACAAUAAAAACACCGGCUAUUCAAAACCA